GUGUGAGUCAUCUCGUUCAUUGAGCAGUGGUCCAUUGAGGGGCGCUCAUUACCGCUCCAACGGCCGGUCCUGCGCACACGCACGCUGCGCUCCCAAUCGCGGACAAAUACACCGACGCACUGCCUACGACAUGUUGCCUCUCAUCUCUCGAUACAACAUGGAGACGGUUUCCAAGUCGUGCAUCUGGCUCGUUGCAGCGGCUCUGUUAGCCGCUUGCGGCGUGAGCGCCGGCGUCGGCAGUAAGCGGCCCUUCACACCGACCGACUCGAUUCUGGACAUCAUCGACACCGAGCAAGUCGAGAAAAUGCUUGCUGCUCGACGACGAACCGAGGAAGCCGCCGGGUCGACCGCUUACGUUCAGCGGAACGAACUCGGCGAAGGCAGCUCCGAAACUAUGGUUGUAUCUAUGCCCGAACAAGAGGACACCACGGAUAUACCUAAAGGAGCUGCGUUUCGAAAUAUAUUGAAAUCCUCGAAAAAUGCGCUUAUAGUUACGAAAAAAAAGUAUCUCAAAGAGGAUUGGUGCAAAACGGAACAGUUGAUACAAAAGAUUCGUGAACCUGGUUGUUUACAAGCGACAGUGUUGAACAAUUUCUGUUACGGCCAGUGUAAUUCGUUUUAUAUUCCGAAAAGCCCGCGACGUAGAGACGAGAACGACGAGCGUCCUCCACCUGCGUUCAAGUCGUGCUCGUUUUGUAAACCGAAAAAGUUUACCUGGAUCACUGUCACGCUCCGGUGCCCGGGACAGAACCCGCCGUACAAACGGAAGCGUCUGCAAAAGAUCAAACAGUGCAAGUGUUUACCGGUCGGCGUUAACUGAUAGUUAAUGGACGUUUGACCCUCCACAGCAGAGGCGGGCCUUCCGUCUAGGGCUAUCGCGUCCAAGAUGCGCCGAGCAUGCUGGGCGAUCGUCGGAAAGGAGCUCACAAGAAUCGAUAUUGCAAAUAUCGGUGGUGUGACGUGUGGAGAUUUUGUUAUGAUAUUGUUACCUGAUGUUUUGCUAAUGGCUCGUCGAUAGCAGGCAGGUAGCACAGUUCGGCAUUAUUCUGAUUGCGUGCUCGUAUACGUCAAUACGGAUGACGUCAUGCGAUGCAUACAUGAGACGUUACUAUUUUGUAACACUGAUUGCAGGUCGUCAGGCAGAGCUUUAAUUGUCUGUAGUGAUGCUGAUUAAUUGGACACUAUGAGACUUGUGACUGGUGACCUUGUAAGUGUUUAAGGAUAAUUAAUUAGUGCAAACGUAACGGUGGAAAAUAUGUGUUUUUGCGUUAAUUGAUUGGAAAUUAUUGCGUCA